AUGGUUAUUACGCCUGAUCAUCCAAAAAUCGAUGACUGGGAAUGUUUACCAUUAAUCGAUUUCGGUAUUACACUAUUGAAUACAAUUCCAUCGAAACGUCUUAAUUUGGCGCAUUUGCCAGAGACAGAAGUGCAAAAUUUGCGCAUUACAAAUGAAGAAUGGAAUCUUGCCAUUUCACCAUUGCAAAUUAUCCGUGGGUUUGCAGCUUUGUAUAUAUUAGCUGAUGGGAAAUGCAAAAUCCAACUUUCCAAUCUGAUUUCAAAAGUUCUUUUUGGAAUGAUUGGACCUCUUGGGAAAGCCAUACAUGAAGUUUUGAAUGAUCUUUGCACUAAUUACUUGAAAUCAUUAUCAAAAGGUGUAAUAGAGAUAUACUUUGAAGAAAAUCAUUUGCUAAAAUUUGAUAAUAGAUUGAUGGAAUAUAUCGAAAAGUAUUACGGUGCAGAGGAAGCAACUCAAGGAGCGAUGGAAUAUGUGGUACGUCGAGACUUGCCACCAAAACAAGGGACACGUUUAGUGUUGAUCACUUCGUUCAAUUCGACAUUCUAUUGGAAGCCACCUGAUCAGAUAACAGAAGUGGAAAUAUUUUUUUAUGAUACAUACAAGAAAGUUAUGGACGCACGUAGCGUAAUAAAGGGAUAUCGAUGCGAUGGCUUGUUCCGUACAGAUAUUACCAGAGAUGGUGUACGGGUCAUGGAAUUAGAUUCCGAAAUUGAUAAUCUCAGAAUGUACCUUUUUCAACCAAGAAUGCUAUUCAUGAAAGAUUUCCUCAAAUCACUAAACGCUAAAAAAUUACAACGCUAUAUCAACCAAAUAGAUAAAGCACCGACAAAACAAUCGGUUAUAAUUCCAUGCUUUUCGAUAACUUCACCCGUUGGUUUAAGAUCGGUAUUUGCAUCAUGCAAUCCGUUGUACCAUUUUAUCUUCAAAAACAAACAUCCACAAUUUCCAUAUCCUUGUAUUGCGCGAAUAUUUUCACCAGAUAAGGCCGAGUUUGGAAUGAUAUAUGGAAAAAAAUCACAAGAAAAUUAUGGUCCAUUCCACAUAUAUCCACUUUGGGACUAUUAUCAUAGAACUAAAAUAGUUUUAAAAACUGGACAACGAGAAUCGAAGAGGAGAAAUGAUGAAGAAAUGCCAGUCGUAACUUUCACUCAACGAACCAUGAAAGAUGAAACAGCCGGAAAAAAAUAUCAGCAUGUUGCGGCUGUAACUGGAAGAAUGAUGAUCAUCGAAGAUCAAACUGGAAUUGAUCGAAAGCAUUAUAUAGUUGGAAUUCUCGAAAACGGAAACGAUGAAAAUUUUGGUGGUAAAACAAUAAUCAGUUCACUUUCGAAAUCGAAAAAGUUGAAUAGAAAAAAGAAAGGAAAUUCGACGAGGUCAAGCGCAAUUGGUAGCACCGGUGCAGUAAGGAAUAACAUCGAUCGUAAUAUCCCACAAUCUAAGGAACCGUUACAGCACCAAUACGGUUAUAACUUAUUGAAAAAUACAAUGAAGCAAACGGGCAUUCAACGAUCUACUCGAAAGAAUGAAAGAUCACAGCAGAAAAGCUCAAAAAGAAGACAUUCCAUGAUCGAAAAAGAAUUUAAUAAUAUGAGAAAAAAGUCAUCAACAAACAAAUUCACUAAAAUUAAUCAACAACAUUCUAAAAAAGAUGAAACAACGCAAUGUGAUAAAUCGAAGGAUGAUAACAAUGAUCAAAAUAAUAUCAGUAGCAAGACGCAAUUGUCUACCUCAUCUCAACACUCGGUGAAUCGUUCAUCAGUGUGA